AUGUUCGAAAUCAUUCUCACGAAGGUAUGGACUCUUGCAUAUGGAGUCAAGACACCUAGCUCAUCGCCACAUAGAGACACAUUGCAACGGCAUAUCAGCACGCAUAGCGAUCAGCAGAAUCAGGCUCUUCUGGCGUUGAGGGCUAAAAGACCUCGAAGCAAUCGCGCUUGUCAAAGCUGCGCACGGGAGAAACAGCGUUGUAGUGGGAAUCCGCCUUGCACUCGUUGCAUUAACAAGAAUCGCACUUGUGUAUUUGAUCAACACUCCCGUGGUGGCAAUGAUGCUCGAAAUAGAUCAUCCACAGUGCAUGUAUCGAGUCAAGAUGGGACAGGACAUGCCGAAAUGAGCUUCAGUGGAGACAUAAGUAAGUCUGGGCUCUUACCAGGUGACCAACAGCUAGUGGGGAGCGCUAGCGUUCAAGCGCUACCGGAGAUAAGGCCCUUUUCCGAUGCAUUGGGCUAUCCGAACUAUAUCCCCGACUUGGGCAAUUUGUUCACAUGGGGACCAUUUGACUGCCUUGAUGACCCGCAGUAUAAUCCUUCCCUCAACAAUGGCGUUGGGUUCGGUGGUUUGGACUCACUCUGUCAGCAAGUUUCACUCCCAUCCGAGCCUUCGGUUUUACAAACACCCAGGUCAAGCACACCUCUUGAACCAGCUACCCUGCACUCACUGCUUACUCCCGCGGAAGGAAUUCAUCAAUCUUCCCAAACCGCAUCACACGUACUAAAGGAUCCCACGGCAUAUAGCUCUGCAUCUACUAGAGGGGACCCAGAUCCCCAGUCUGGCGAUGAUAUACUGAUAGCAGAAAACUUCUUCCAUGUUAGAGCCGUGGACAAUGAAACCUAUGAGAAGAUCCACGGCUUCUAUCUAGCCCAGACAGACAUCUGUUUCAAGAAGUUGGCUUUCCCGGACGUCAACCACCUCAAUUGCUUGGUUCAGGUGUAUUUUGAGUAUUUCCAUGCACAGAUGCCAUUUGUACAUCCUGUUAUGCUUGAAAACGACGGCUCGUGGAUUCUAGCUGUUAAAGCGCUGCAAUACGAUGCAAUGACUCUGGCGCAGUCAACUUUGCUGCUCAAUGUUAACCUUGUGUUCAAUGGUUUCCGAGACGAUAUCAUCAACUUGCAGUUUCUGCGCACCUGGCUGGCUACGCUUAUUCGUCCAUUUCUUAAACCCCACAGUAAAAGAGAUCCUGCCUUGCUGCAUGUCUCCCGAACUGGGAAUACUUACGACCGAUGGCAUGCAUGGCUCCAAGCCGAAGCCCAUGCCCGUCUGGUAUAUGCGUUUUUCUUGCUCGACUCGUUUUGUGUCGUAUUUCAUGAUAUGCCACCAAGCUAUUCAGUGGAUGAUUUUGAGCACAGACUCCCUUCUCCGGACGAACUCUGGAGCAGCCAGGAUGCUCACUCCUGGGAGUCACAUCUUCAAUCCUGCCAGGGUUGGUACUACUACUUGGUCUCUUUGUCGGAGAGAAACAAGCCGUGA